UUGUGCUAAUCCAGAUCUCUUGAUUGUGCGGGUGUGCAUAUGUACGCACACGUUGCGGAACCUUAGGAAGGGCUGGGAAAAACCUCGACUUCUGCCCCAAUCCUUAGGAAUAUUUGCUCCCCAGACGGAAGAUGCCAACGAAUGGGAUCCACCAGGUCUUGAAGAUCCAGUUUGGCUUAAUAAACUGUGAUAACCGAUACCUGACAGCAGAGAGCUUUGGCUACAAGGUCAACGCCUCUGCGCCUAGCCUGAAAAGGAAGCAAAUAUGGACCCUGGAGCAGGAUGGAGACAGCUCUGUGGUCUUCUUGAAGAGCCACCUAGGUAGGUACUUAUCUGCUGACAAGGAUGGUAAGAUCUCGUGUGAAGCUGAGAAGCCAGGAGGUGAUGAGCGUUUUAUUAUCGUGACUCAGUCGGACGGGCGCUGGGCACUCCAGUCAGAACCACACAAGCGUUUCUUUGGUGGUUCUGAAGACAGGCUGUCUUGCUUUGCCCAGACCAUCACUGAAGCAGAGCUCUGGACAGUACACCUGGCCAUCCAUCCCCAAGCGAACCUCUUGAGCAUUAGCAGGAGAAGAUAUGCACACCUCAGUGCCCAAGAGGACGAGAUUUCCACUGACAGCAACAUCCCCUGGGGUGUGGACUCACUCAUCACGCUCACCUUCCAGAACAAGAAGUAUUGCCUGAGAACCUGUGACAACCGCUACCUGCGCAAUGAUGGUACCCUGGUCAAGGACCCAGACCCCCGUGCUGGCUACACACUAGAGUUCAAGGCAGGGAAGCUGGCCUUCAAGGAUUGUGAUGGGAAAUACCUGGCACCCAUGGGACCUACUGGCACGCUAAAAUCUGGCAGGAGCUCCAAGCCAGGCAAAGACGAACUCUUUGAUCUGGAAGAGAGUCACCCACAAGUCAUUUUCAUGGCUUCCAAUGGCAGAUACGUCUCAAUCCGGCAAGGUGUCAAUGUCUCAGCCAAUCAGGAUGAAGAGACGCACCACGAGACUUUCCAGAUGCAGAUUGACAAAGAAACCAAGAAGUGCAUCUUCCAUUCCAACACAAGCAACUACUGGACCUUGGUGUCACAUGGGGGAAUUCAAGCCACGGCCACUGAAGUAUCUGCCAGCACCAUGUUUGAGAUUGAGUGGCGUGGUCGCCGUGUAGCCCUCAAGGCUGGCAAUGGCAAAUACAUCUGCACCAAGAAGAAUGGACAACUGGCAGCUGUCAGUGACACAGCGGGGGAGGAUGAGGAAUUUGUUCUCAAGCUGAUCAACCGACCUAUCCUGGUUCUCCGUGGGGCUCAUGGCUUUGUGUGCUACCAUCGCAACUCCAACAUGUUGGAUGCCAACCGUUCUAUCUACGAUGUUUUCCAGAUCAUCUUCAAUGAUGGCGCUUACCAGAUCAAAGGCCUCAGUGGCAAGUGCUGGUAUGUGGCCAGCAAUGGCACCGUGUGCAGCGAUGGCGAGAUGUCCGAGGACUUCUUCUUUGAGUUCCGGGAGUGCAGCCGCGUGGCCAUCAAAGGGAAGAAUGGCAAAUACCUUCGAGGUGACCAAGCUGGGACCCUGCGUGCGGAUGCCGACACCUUGCAGCAGGCCACACUCUGGGAGUACUGACCCCCGGCCAUCUGCCGCAUAGCACUUUAGAUGCUCUAGGGCCCACAGGGGCCAAGCCAGCUCAGGGUGGACACAGAGGUUGGGCACCCGGGGCAGCAGAGCGCUCCCAGCUGGACUCCCGGGGGCACUCUAAUCCUCCCAGGCCCUCCACGGAACCGGACCUUGGUGGGACGGAGGCGCGCGGGGGGGGGGGGGGGCGGCACACACACCUCUCGCCCUAUUCCCUGUCAUCUCGUCUUCUCUGUCUAGCUGUAGAAGCAGCACCCUAAUAAAAGCCUCAGAAAGGAGAUGCGAAGAUGUAUCAGUCAGGAUUAAAGUGAUGGAGGUUCCCUUUCAGCAGCAGCAGCGGCACACAAUAUGCCUGUGACGGUCUCCUCUCUCCCUCUUCCCCAGGAAAUGUCAUGUGUUACAACAAGGCACCCCGCUCCUCCCUGGCUACUGCCAACGCUCCAGAUAAUGUGCUGUGGCCCGAUGUGUCAUCUACUCUACACCUCAGGCAGAGAAGAUGGAGGGAGCAGGACCCAAAGAAUCACAG